CGUCGUUUCUUAAUUACCAGUUUGCGCUAACACCUCAGUUAAGCUACGGCGGAACUAGACUAGACUGUCAGUUCAUGAAUUGCACCCAUCGUUUACUCUCAAGCCUGCUUGCCCGACAUACAACAUCGCCAACUUGGCCUGCUUCCAAGCAGGUGACUUGGUGACCUACGCUGAAGUAUUUUUUCCAGGUAUCAGGGAACCUCUGGCCACUUUUGUAACCCGCUACUUGCCGCCCCGUCCCAGCGCCCUCCGCUCGAAGCCGAUCGAGGCGCUUUUACCGCACCCGAACCCGGUCAUAAUCCCCGGCACGGGUGGGAAUCCCCCGAAGCUUUCGGGUAACAGCACCCACCAUGGCAGACUCAGAUGGCGAGUUUGUUGUCGACGACGGCUCUGAUGACGAGCUUGUAGGACAGUCAGGCGGCGCACGCGGGGGGCGAUCGGGCAAGGGCGGGGAUGACGGUGGCAAGCGCAGGAAGAAAGCAAGCAAGGCAGCAUGGGAAGACCUACAAAGAUCAUGGGAUGUGGUCCACGAGCUGGAUGAUGGCAACCUGUCGCUCGAGGGCUUUCUGGAGGCCGAGAAGCGUCGGCGUGUGCUCCGUGACACUACGCCCAUACAACGUGGAAUCAUACGGCACCUGGUCUUGGUCAUCGACAUGUCCUUCGCCAUGGCAGAGAAGGACUUGAUGCCGACGAGGCAUCGCUUGACCAUCUCGUACGCUAUCGAAUUCGUGCGCGAAUAUUUUGACCAAAACCCCAUCAGCCAGCUCGCCAUCGUGGGCAUGAGAGAUAGCAUAGCCGUUCGGAUCUCGGAUUUGAGCGGGAAUCCGGCCGAGCACAUUGAGAAACUCAGGGCUUUGCCGGAUCUAGACCCGUCUGGCAGCCCUAGUCUACAGAACGCUCUGGAGAUGUGCCGAGGCGCAUUAUUCAACACUCCGUCACAUGGCACCCGUGAGGUGGUUAUAAUAUUCGGCGCAUUAUUAUCACUGGAUCCCGGCGACAUACACGAGACGAUUGAUGGGCUCAUACAGGAUAGGAUACGAGUGUCGGUGAUUGGGCUGGCGGCCCAGGUCUAUAUCUGCGAGGAAAUAUGCCGAAAAACAAAUUCUGGCAAGGCAGCGGCAGAUCUGGGAAUUGUUACAGACAUUGACGGAUCCGCAUACAACGUAGCCCUCCACGAGGUGCACUUUCGGGAGCUGCUGAUGUCGGCUACGAGACCCCCCAUAACACGACAAAGCCAACUUCAGCAGGCAACGGGAGAGGCCGCUUCCCUCCUGAUGAUGGGAUUUCCAUCGCGAAAGACGGACAAGGACCCGGCUCUUUGUUCAUGUCACAACCGGCCUGUACGAAACGGCUUCCUGUGCACACGAUGUGGAUCAAGAGUUUGUCGUCUGCCCUCAGAGUGCCCCGCGUGCGGCCUCACGUUGAUCUUGUCCACCCACCUGGCUCGAUCGUAUCAUCACCUCUUCCCGCUAAGAGUAUGGUCCGAAGUGCCAUGGACCGACGCCGGUCGCAGCAUCUCCUGCUUUGCGUGUCACGCACCGUUCCCAGAUGCCAAAAGCAAGGAAAAAGGCAAGGACGCCGAAAAGGAGGGUGCCGGUGACAAACACCUCAAGGUCCCCUCCAAGGAUACGAAUGGCAAAAAGAAGAAGUCUACGGCACCCAUGCCCAAAGGCGUGAGCGAGAGCGGGAGAUACAUGUGCCAGGUGUGCAGGAAUCACUUUUGUAUCGACUGCGACGUCUUUUCGCACGAGGUGUUGCACAACUGCCCUGGAUGCCAGAGCGACACCCGAGGCGACCUGACUACAACGAACGGGAAAGGGGCCACCAACGGAGCUGCCAGCAAUGGUGUUUCCCAGGAUUCCAACGGGGCCAUGGCGAUUGACUAAGCAUUUUACAGCUACGGCCAUAUUCAUGUUGCGCAUGUAUAUGGGCCAUGGGUGAACUAUAUAUAGGUCGCCUAUUUUAAAAUUGAGGCAGACUUUAUGGUUAACUUGACGCAUUUGCCGCGAAGAUACAAGGAGAGAAACCUUUGCGUGACAAACAUGGGAUUGUGUGCGCUGUUCUCUACUGAAUAUUCUUUUUAGGGCAGGGGUGUGCGGUAUAGGAUUCAAGGUUGAUUUGACCGAACCCCCUGAACCAGGCGCCACAUUGAAAUGGUUAAACAAAAUUCAGGGUUGCACAGGGGGUUUCGAAACGAACCAGAAGAUUUCAAAACGUUCCAGGAAAGUAAAUAAACAUUCAUUAUGUUUUCACGUCACGGAAGGUGCCAUAUAUCCAUUUGAGACGGGGGAAUGCCAAGGUGAUGGUAGAUCUUCUAUAAAUAUAAAAUUCACCGUUCAACGAGCGGGGGAAAACAAAUCCCCAAACAAAAAUCUAAAGAUGAUAUGGAUGCUUGCAACCAUGAUACUGUCCCAUUUUUCCCGUAACGCCACUCUGCCUCAUGAUCAUGAAUCCUAAAUGGUAGAACCAGAGAAAGGUCCAUACAAAAAUACUGUUCGCUUCAUCACAAGUUUCCACGUUCAGCCUGCUCCCUCUCGAUGGCCUCGAAGAGGCUCUUGAAGUUGCCGGCGCCAAAGCCAUCAAAGUCGUUGCGCUGGAUGAUCUCGAUAAAGACCGUGGGGCGGUCCAUGAGCGGGCGCGUGAACAGCUGGAGCAGGUAGCCACCCUCGUCGUAGUCGAUGAGAAUGUUGUUGCGGACCAGGCGAUCAAAGUCCUCCUGCAGCUCCCAGUCGCGCUUCUCUGUCUUGAGGCGGCGGCGCAUGGUGUCAUAGUAAGUGUGGGGCACCUCGAUGAACUCGACGCCACGGCUGCGCAUGGCCUCGACGGUGGUGAUGAUGUCCGAGGUGAGCAGGGCGAUGUGCUGGACGCCGGCUCCCGAGUUGAACGUGACGUACUCCUCGAUCUGUGAUCGCUUCUUACCCUUGGCCGGCUCAUUGAUGGGCAUCUUGACGACAUUGUUGGGGCUGGCCAUGACUAUGCUGCUGAGUGCGCUGAAUUCGGUCGAGAUUUGGUUGUCGUCUACAGACCAGAAGCGGUGGAACGAGAGACAGCGCUCAUAAAAGUCACACGCCGCCCGCAUGUCGUCCCAGUCCUGGUUGCCUACGCAGUGGUCGAUGCGCUGCAGGGGUACAGGCACAAGGGCCGAGUAGGCGGCUGGCUGGCGGUCCACGUCGCGGAAGCCGGGCAGGAAGGUGCCGCGAAAGUUGUCGCGAGAGAGCAGAGUAUGUGUGGUGUCACCAUAAGUCUGGAUAACCGCCAUAGUUACCGAGCCGUUCUCCUUGUCCGAUAAGGUCUUGGGCGGCGCGAUGGACACGGCGCCCUGCUGCACGGCACGUUCGUACACACCCUGGACGUUGUCCACUUCGAAGCAGACGUCCUUGACGGCAUCGCCGUGCUUCUCGAGGUGAGCAUGCAUCUCCUUGAGGAGUUCCCGGUCCUCGUCCGAAAUAGGCUCGUCCUCUGGGAGGUGAACAUGUGACCUAAUGGGCGACGUGAAGACGAAGCGGACGUCUUCUUUGCCCACCAGGUAAGAGGCGAAGUAGCGGGAGCCUGUCUCAAGGCCCCGGUAUGCGAUAAUCUUCAUGCCAAAGAGGGUGUUGUAAUACGAAGCCGCCUGCUUCGCAUUUCCAACCCACCAAGUUACAUGGUCGUAGCCAUGGAAGCUAGGAAACGGGUCCUGGACUGCGAGGUUUUCAACCUGCAGCCCGGACGUAUGGUCUACGACCGAGUUUCUUGGGGAUUCUGUGAUUGCAGAGGGUGACAUGGACACAAAAUGAAUGGUAUCUGGAAAGCAAGCAGUCCUUUAGGUUUAACAAAUAAUUGCUAGUUUGUGACUUGACUUGCUCAAUUUGUCUUCAAGUAGGUAGGUAACAAUGACAAUGACAGCUUGGGUGGGGGCGGAAGUGUUAAAGUGGAAUAUAGAUAGGGCUGAGUUUUUGUUCUUAUUUUCUCUUGAAUCCAAGUUUCACAGGUUUUGACGGGAAGACUUCCUUCUUAUUUAAAAAGCUCGGUUUAAACAUAGCUAUGACGCCCACCGAGCCUUCCGCUGUUGUGCCAGCAGGUCAUCUGAUUCCGUGCUUGGCGGCGAGUCGAAAGUCGUUCGGUCCUCUAUGCCAUUGACAACAGAGUUCCAGCCAGGUAAGACAAUCCCCGUAAGUCUAUAGUACUUAAGCGUAAAGCCGCAGCCUCUGACCUUUUUUGUGCCACAUGUAGACGAUCCCAA